AUGUUGGUGAGAAACAGAUGCUUAAGUAGGCUCUUCAAGGCGUAUCGAUCGUUCAGUGCCCUGAACUCUCCGGUUGCUUCGGGUCACAACAAGUGGUCUUCUAUCAAGCACGGUAAAGCCAAGAAUGACGCAGAACGGAACAAGAUUAACAACAAGUUUGCCAACCAAAUAGCCAUGUCGGUCAAGUUGGGCAACGGCGUCACAGACCCGAGCAUGAACAUCCGACUCGCCACCAGCAUAGAACUAGCCAACAAAAGCAACGUUAGCAAGAAGGUGAUUGAAAAUGCCAUCCGGAAGGGAUCAGGAAGCAGCGGCUCGGGAAAAGAAGCGAACGUGUCUGAACUAUGUGUGUACGAAGGCAUGGGACCCGGCGGGGUGGCCGUCGUGGUGGAGGCGCUCACGGAUAACAAGAACAGAACAAUAGGGCUAAUAAGAAGCGCGUUCAACAAAGCCAACGGCUCCAUUACCCCGACACUGUUCUUCUUUGACAAGAAGGGAUACGUGACGGUAACCCCCCCGCAUGAACUGGACACCGAGGACAAGGUGCUAGAAAGGGUGCUAGAGAUCCAGGGCAUCGAGGACAUUGCACCCGUGGAGGAGGACGCAGAAGACGCAGAGGCCGACGCAGAAACAGAACCCGCGGGUCCCACGUACGAGGCGGUGACAGAACCUGCAGACACUAACAAGGUAGCGGCCUUGCUCAAAGAGCAAGGCUUCCACAUCAGAGACCUGGGAAUCGGCUACAAUGCUAAGCCGGACAUGGCGGUCGCCGUGCAAGGCGACGAUGCGCUCGAGAAACUGCAGAAGCUGACCGCUGCGCUCGAGGACAUCGACGAAGUGACGUCGCUGUACACCAACGCCAGCAACGCCUGA